UAUAGUGGCCGGUCGGCUAAACCUUGCUCGCUCUCCGUACCGUUGACAAUCGGUCUGGUGAUUCUGUGCGGUGUAUCCUUACUAAUUCCGUCUGUGCAAUGCAUGCCGAAAGUGUUUCGGAGCAAUGAAAUCUGCGGAGUGUACAAUGGCCAUCGGGUGUACUUCGAGCUGGGAGAUCGUGGUCAACUACAGGCGACUAAUGUGACGGUACCUUACAUUCCUCGGACAACAUUAGCAAACCAUACCGCUGUCCCAAACGUCUGUACGCUUGAGCUGGUUACCUGUCCAUCGUGCAAUUUUAAAAUCUCAUUAAGUUACUCGAACUUUCCGGCCAAGUGUUCGGUGCAUAAUGAACCACCCUGCCGGUGCGAUUAUCUCGAGUUUACUGAGCCACCGUUCGAUUCGACGGAAUACACUGGUCGGCGAAACUGUGGCCACGAUGUAGUCUACCAAACGCAAACCCGUUCGGUGCUGAUCAAGUUCGUCUAUUGGAGUAACCACACGCAUGCCUUCACGCUGGAAUAUGUCGCUGAACGGAACCGUGAAACUAUUCAAGCUAAUCCUGGCCUUGCACAGAAUCUUACCAGCAUCAACAACUAUCUCCACCAUCGCAUCAUUACGACCCCUUACUUCCCGUCCUACUAUCCGCGUGACUUUGGGAAGGAAUAUGUGCUCAGCUGCAACGUGGAGGCCUGUCGGAUCAACGUCAUCUUUAGCGAUUUUCAGCUUGCCAAAACUUCCACAAUGGAAGUUUACGAUUGGAACGGGCAACGGCUAGGUGUGGUUUCGGGAGCAAUAUUUCGUCCACCCGUUUUCCAAAGUACCGGACCAUCGAUGAUAAUACACUUCUACGCAAAUGGAGGCUCUGGACUCGGAUAUCGAGCGCUGGUGUCUUUCCUUCACGUUGCUAGUGCUGGGGACGUGUCAAUGCAUCCGAAUACGAACUGCGGUGGAGUGGUGGAAAAUAUUGGUGGUGCCAUCACGAUGAUGAAAAUGCUGGACAGUGCCAACGAAAGUCGGAUAUAUGAUUGCGUGUGGUUGAUAAAGCCACCGAACACGUACGCGCAUCUGAAAACUCAUUUAUCGCUGAAGGUGGACACGUUCGAGAAGCUAGGACCGCAUUCCAUGCUGACGAUCAUCCAGGGAACCACUUCGGACGGAACGGUGCUCAGUGUGACGAAGGGUGAUGGUGCACUUGCCAGGAAAGAUUUAGUUGUGCCUCUAACGUCUGGGUUUUAUGUACAUCUGAGAGCUUCCUUUGGAUAUCUGUCGCGGUUGGCUUUAGUUUAUGCGGGCUUCAGUUAUCUUGAUUGCUACAUGGGAACAGAGUAUCUGUGCCAGAACCGUAAAUGCAUACCGAUUCAACUACACUGCGAUGGUUUUGACCACUGUGGCGAUAAUAGUGACGAACCGGAAAGCUGCGUUCAGGAAUGGUCGAACGGACCGAUGGAUCGUCGCUGGUACGCACAUACCCCGAACUACUACUUCCCCAAGAUGGACCGCUACCCGGAUCUUCGUACAGCUACGAUAAUUUUCAUCGCAAGCAGCCUCGGAUUGAUCAUGCUCAUAUCGGCCCUGAUCGUACUGCUCUACCGUACCGGGAAUCGGGCACGUCAGCAGCGCGAGCUUCAGAGUCAACUGCAAACCAUCAGUGAGCUUUUAGUGAGCGUUAUUCAUGUAGAUAGCAACAAUACUCAUGGCGCGGAAGAGCUAGACGACCCACCGGUGUACGAAGCGCCCCCAGACUACGAUGAGAUCAUUAAGGUUGGCAUGGACGAGGAGAUGAAACGGAAGCGUCGUCGACGAUCGUCCUCUUCCGCUUCUGGGCGGCGUAGUCGCAUGAGACGAUCACGCAGACAGAGCAACACCUCCGAAGUGCAUAAUCCCAUCCUGGAGGUACAGUUGCCUCCCGAAUCGGAAAGUACUCCUUCGACCAGUGGAUUUUCGCUUGGAGCGGGACCCAAUCUCGGUGACAGCGGUCCAACCGAUAGUGAUGCCUACGAUCGUUACUCCGAUGCGGAUAUCGAUGCGGAGGAUCACGAUCUACGGUUGGCCAACUGGAGCAAUCUGGACGAGCGCGGCGAUUUCUUCAUCAGCUCCCGCAUACUGGAAUGGCGUUUACAGAAACUCCAGCGUCGUCUGCGGGCCCGAGCCAGAGCGUCAUCGUCAGCCAUGCCACGGGCAGUCCGCCACCAACGUACGACCAAAGCAAUGCUCGGUUCUUCGCGCUCCAUAGUGCCACCCUUCCAGCGGCCAGCAUUGCGAACGGCGGUAUGUCGGGCAGCCAUCAGGAAAACGCUGUUCCGAUCACGCUCGCAAUAAACCUUCUACCGAGCACUAUUUGUACAUCGACGUGUACCACUGCGGAUACUACCAACUCUACACUUGUGACACCUUCCAGCACUAUCCUUACGAUGCCUUUUACAAUGAGCUGUGAUGCUGUGAACAGUGACCGAA